AUGUUUUUCAAAAAGCGCGACAAGGGCGCCGUUCCCGCAACGACACCGACGAGCGAACCACCCGCCUCAUCGCGGACGAGCAAGAUCCACGAUGACGAGGAACAGCAACAGCACCCUGCGCAAAAUGCUCUCACGCAUACGUCGACGACGCGCUCGAUCCAGUACCCAUCCGGCGUGAAGCUCUUCCUCAUUAUGCUCUCCAUCCUGGUGUCCAUGUUCCUCGUCGCAUUGGACCGCCUCAUCAUCGCAACGGCGAUACCCCAAAUCACUGACGAAUUCCACUCCGUCACCGACAUUGGCUGGUACGGCAGCGCCUACCUCCUAACAACCUGCGCCUUCCAGCUCCUCUUUGGCAAGCUCUACGCCUUCUUCCCCAUCAAGCGCGUCUUCCUCUGCUCCGUCGUCCUCUUCGAAAUCGGCUCCGCCGUCUGCGGCGCGGCCCCGAGCAGCGCCGCCUUCAUCGUCGGCCGUGCCAUCGCGGGCAUCGGCGGCGCGGGCAUCUUUGCGGGGACCAUUGUCGUCAUGGUCCACUCCGUCCCGCUGCACCGCCGUCCCAAGUACCAGGGAUCCUUUGGCGCCGUGUUCGGCAUCGCCUCCGUCUUGGGCCCGCUGCUGGGCGGCGCGUUGACGACCAAAGUCACCUGGCGGUGGUGCUUCUACAUCAACUUGCCGUUGGGCGGUGUCGCGCUGCUGGUCGUUGCGUUUGUGAUGAGGCCGCCGGAGCAGGACCUGGCCGAGUCUUCGUUGUGGGAAAAGUUGAGGCAGCUUGAUUUCCCGGGGACGUCGGUUUUCAUCCCCGGGGUUGUGUGUCUGCUUCUUGCGCUGCAGUGGGGUGGUGUCAAGUAUGCUUGGAGCAAUGGGCGGAUAGUUGCCCUCCUAGUACUCGCCGCCGUACUCCUCCUAUCCUUCAUCGCCAUCCAGAUCCUCCGCCCCAACACGGCAACCGUCCCCCCGCGCAUCAUCCGCCAACGCUCCAUCGCCUUUGCAGCCUGGGCGGCCUUCUCCCUCGGCGGUCAGAUGAUGCUGGUCGCGUACUACCUCCCCAUCUGGCUGCAGGCGAUCAAGGGGUUCUCGGCCGUCGAGUCCGGCAUCCGCACGCUGCCGCUGGUGCUCUCCCUGACCGUCUUCGCCGCCGUGACGGGCGGCAUCAUUACAAAGAUUGGGUACUACACGCCCGUGAUGCUGGUCGGCAUCUGCAUCAUGGCCGUCGGCGCGGGCCUGCUGACGACGCUGCGCGUCGACACGAGCACGGCCAAGUGGGCGGCGUACCAGGUCGUCUUUGGCAUCGGGCAGGGCAUGUCGUUCCAGGCGCCGAACCUCGCCGCGCAGACGGUGCUCACCCUCAAGGACGUGCCUGUGGGCGCGAGCAUCAUGUUCUUUUCGCAGACGCUCGGCGGCGCCGUGUUUAUCUCUGUCGGGCAGACGGUGCUUAACAACGAGCUCGUGAAGAGGAUUCGGGGCCUGCCUGGGCUCGAGGGGAUCAACCUGCAGACCACGGGCGCGACAUCGCUGACGGAUCUGCCGGACAAUGUGAGGGGACCCGUUCUGGAGGCGUAUAACGGGGCGCUGAGGGUCGUGUUUGUGGUUGCGCUGGUGAUGGUUUGCUCGGCCUUCAUCGGGGCCAGCGGCAUGGAGUGGAAGAGCGUGAAGAAGGAGCAGCAGGCGAAGAAGAAGGCCAAGGAGGAUGCCGAGGCGGCUGAGGCGGCGGCGGCGGCUGAGGCGGCUGCCGUUGGCGGGGUGUCCGGGGUUGCGGCGGCUACCGUUGCUGCUGCGGCGCAGAGGGAGAAGGAGGAGGAGCUCGAUGAGGGGAGCGAAAGGGACGUUGACGAUGUCGAGAAGCCGAGGGGGCGGAGUCUGAAUCGCGAUGAGACGGAAAAGGGGGCUGAUGAUGACGGUGCGAUCUUGAGACAGGGGGAUGAGGUUAGGGCGGUUGAGGGAACGAAGCAUAUUUAG